AUGACAGAUAUUAAAGGAGAUAGAAAGAAUGAACAAAUUCAGAAAGAUAUUGACAUGAAGUUGUCAAAAAUUAGAAAGGAAAAUGAUGACAUCAAAAGUCAUUCAAGUCGUUAUGAAAGAGAAAGUUUGAAGCUUAGAAAGUUACAAUUAGAAGAAGAUAAACGUAGGCAGUUGAUGUUAGAAAAUGAACUGAAAUUACAAGAAGAAAUAGAUAGGAAGAGAAAUUCUGAGAAAGAGUUACUAGAAAGAAUACAGCUAUUAGAGGAACAAGAAUGUGACCUCAAUAGCAAGAGGAAUGAAAACGAAAUACUUGAACGAGAAAUAUCUGCUAAGAAAGUUGAAGAUGAAGCACUAAAUCAGAAAAUAACACUUCUUAAAGAGAAGGAGAGAUUGCUAACGCAAAAAGCUGAGUCACAGGUGAAAUAUAAGGAUGCAAUGAAAAAGGAUAAAGUCGAAAGACAGAGAAUAAAAGUAGAUAGAGAAAGAAAAGAUGAAUAUCCAGCUUUUAAACUUGGUUCACCAAAGAUACCUCCAUUCGAUGGUACUCAUUUUGAAAACUGGAAAAUGGAAGUUAGCUGUCUCCUUCAAACAAAAAUAUAUCCAGAUUAUGCCAUUUUACAGGCAAUUAGAAAUUCUCUGAAGGAUGAAACACGACAAGUUUUGCUGACAUUGAAAGCCACAGCAACAAGCAGAGAAAUAAUGGAUAAGCUCAGUGAAAUAUAUGGAGAUAUCAAAACAGAGGACAAAGUAGUCCAAGAUUUUUAUUCAGCAAAGCAAAAGCAAGGUGAAACAAUAUCUGCUUGGGGAGUUAGAGUUGAGACAUUGUUUCAGAAAGCUGUAGAUAAAGGAGAAAUAGAAGAAAGCAAAAGAGAUAAAAAGCUAAAGGAAUGGUUUUGGAGAGGACUAAAGUCAGAGAAAUUGAAAUUCGCUACAAGACUAUCUUAUGAGUCGACAUAUUCAUUUGAAAAGUUACGUCGGAAAACUCGACUAGAGGAAGGGGAAGAUAGUAAAGACCUAGAAAGAGAGAGGUCAGAACAGAUAAAGAUCAACGCUCUGCAGGAGAAGAAAAUCGAUGAAAAAUUAGGUAUUCUUCAAGAACUCCUUGAACGGAUGAAGACAAUGGAGUCAGAUAUAGGAAAGCUUAAAUACCAGAACCAAUAUAGAAUUCAAAGUAACCAAGGAAGGGAUUAUCAAAGGAGACCAUUUAGAGGAGGAUACAAAAGUAGAAGAUUUGAAGACAGAGAUCGCCGUUCAAAUGGAGAUCAAACCAAUGAUAGAAAUAGAGAAAACAAAGGCAAACACGAUGAUAAGGAACAAUCUACAGAUACACGGAUAGGAAAGAACAAAUCUGACAAGCAGAAUUUAAAUGGGGACAAGCUUCCAUCGGAGGGCUCGAUGGAAGCUCGAAAGUAA